AUGCUGUGGCGAUUAUCCAUACCACGAAUCAGACACUUCUCCACAACAGUAUACAUAAGCAACAAAUGCCUAGAAUUGGAAAAAUUGUUCUUGCAAUGUAACGAUCCCGAACAGAUUUUAUCACUUUUGGUGACACACCGUCCUCAAUUAUUUUUGCACAAUGCAGUUAGGACUAUUGAAUUACUAGCACAAAAGUCGCACAAGAUUUACAACAAACCAUUUAUAGACAAUAAUAAAUCACACAUAUUUAAUGAAAAUGUAGGACAGCACUCCAACAACUUACUAUCAUCAGCCACUUCCAUAACUAGUCAACAUUCUACGCUUAAUGACAUUAGUAAUUGUUUACCAGAGCAAUUAUUGGAUAUUAAAACGGCAUCUCAUCCUGAGAAUAUGGAUCUAAUCCUUACUAGAUUAUCGGCUUCACCUGAAAGUCUCAAUGCAGGCUUAGAUAUAAACACUAUCGAUUGGAUCAUCAAGGAUGAAAGAUACCUAUUGUUACUGUCUGAUAUAUAUUUACAUAGGAAUAAUCUAGAUGUUGGGUCAAUUUGUAAAAUUGUCCAAUCUCUGAGACAAUUAAACCACCCUCAUUAUCCACUACUAAAUGGCUUAUUACAUCCGCUAAUCAAACAAUUAAAAUCAAGCAUAUACAAUGAAGAAUGGCACAACUUAUUUGGAUGUACUAGUGUCGAUUUGACAAUUAAAGAGCUUACUAACUGUGCAAAAAACUUUGCGCAUUUCGGUUACCGAAACACUGAAUUGUACAUUGUCAUAUCUACCCUGAUAAUGAGUACAAAACUAAGCGUUGAGAAUUUCAUGGGUCAGAUACAAAUUUAUACCCAUGUUGAUAAUUGUAGUGAAGAUAUACUACACAAAAUGUCAGAAUUUGCUAUAAAAAACCAAUUAUCACCGACACAAUUGAGCUAUGUCUCAUUUGCUAUUGCUAAACAUUCAAAAAACAGCAAUCUAUAUGACCACGUGUUUGAUAAAAUCGUAAAUACUGUUAUUCAUAAUGAGGAAGAAUUCAAAUUAGACGAUUUAUAUCGCAUAACAAUAUCUACCAUAUCUAUGAAAUUACACUAUCUGCCAUUAAUCAAAUUAACAUCUAAUAAAUUGGAAAAACAACUGAAGAUAUGCGUGAGCACUGCAUUAAAACCUCCAUUAACAAUCUCUGAAAUAUCUAUGUUGGUAGAGUCAUUAUCAUACUAUGGUAGUUGUGGACAACCUGUAAUAUCAACAACACUUACUUUUUUGGAAGAUUACAUUGAUGAUAUAACACCAUCAGAUGCACUCAGGAUUCUCAAAGCUGUAUGUUUCACGAAUUCUGAGAAUGUUAAUGGUUAUAUGCUCAAUUUUGUUUGGAGGAAAAUAGGUGCUGAUAUUUCCUGGGAAAGUUGCUCUUAUGAAAUAUUUGCAUUAUGGCUAUACCAUUUGGUUAAAUUCCCCUGGAUUACGUAUAAUAUACCUAAGAGAUGUAUAGAUGAGGGAUUACGCCAAUUGAUUAUCCAUAAUUCGGUGACAUAUGACUAUCUGGAUCAAUUAGUUUGUGAUAAUGUUCCUAAAAAUUUUAAUACUGGUCCAAAUUACAACCCACAAUCAAAUGAUUUGUCAAAUAACACCAGUGAAUUAUCUGAGUCAAAUUACCCUUUUGUUGCCUAUAUUAUGAAUGGCAAGGGACUAAUACUAGUGAACGAUUAUGCUAGGAACGAUAAACAAUUACCAGGCGGAGUGGAUUUGAUACGCGCAAUACUAUUACGGGAUAUCAUGGAUGUUAAAAUUCUUAGCGCCAGAGAUUGGGAACACUGGGGUCUAGAUCAGAAGAGGAGCACUUUGUCGAAAAUAUUUAGUUAA